AUGGAAUCUUCUGCAGAAACUGCUUGUACGGGCAAGGGUCUUAUGCCCCUUGCCAAGCGGCGUAUUGUGAAAAGUGCUAUGUCUCACAAGGAGUUAAACCUUUCACUAUUUGGCAGACCUUGGACGACAAUGGAAUGCUUCUACAAGGAGGACAAUAUGUUUGUGCGGGCUCAAGCAGGUGACAUGCUGAUGGUUCGAUUUCAAUGUGACAUAUGUCAUUUCAGGAAUUUGGCCAAACGGUUGCCAGAUCCGGGACAGCCCAAGGAGGAUGAGGAGAUUUUGGAGCAUAUCUGGCGCACAAAUCUUGACGCCUUUUGGGCAAGGGAAUCAUCUAUGGUGAAGAAGAAUCUUGGAGUCUUGCUGCAAGCGGAGUCAUGUUUUGAACGCUUAGAACUUGAUCCAGUCUCUCCCCCCGUUUGGUACGUUCCCUUUUGA